UACCCAUCUCGACAGGUUAAGCACGCGGUGAAAGAUCUUCGAGACUUGACAAUGGAUAUCGAUGAAGAUAUACGUGAUUCUUCAACACCAGAGGCUCCAGCCACUAAAAUAUCCAGACAGCAGAUAUUAACACUUAUUUCAAUGGCCUCCAUAAACUUCAGUUCAAUGAUCUGUUACUCCAUUCUUGGACCAUUUUUCCCAAAUGAGGCAAAGAAGAAAGGUGUCAGCCAAGCUAUGAUUGGUUUAAUAUUCGGAAUCUAUGCAUUAUGCACUUUGGUGGGCUCAUUGAUACUUGGUAAAUAUAUUGUCCAGAUAGGAGCCAAGUUUAUGAUUGUGGCAGGGUUGUUCAUUUCGAGCGGAUCCACUGUACUCUUCGGAUUUCUUGACCAAGUGUCUGAUGGGACAGUUUUCAUCGUGCUCUGUUUUAUCACACGGUGCGUAAAUGCAAUUGGCUUUUCCGCCGCCGUUACAUCGUCUUUUGCAGUUUCAGCAAAAGUUUUCCCAGAACACAUAGCGACUGUUUUGGGCUUCAUGGAGAUUUUUACAGGUCUUGGGCUGAUAUUGGGGCCUCCGUUGGGCGGCUGGCUCUAUCAGUCAUUUGGAUAUGAAAUCCCAUUCGUUUUCACAGGAUGUCUUCUGUUUGCGACAGUGCCUCUUAAUUUGUGGAUUUUACCAAGCUUUGAUGCUGUUCCUUCCCAGAAUUCCUUCCUCAGAUUGUGUACCAGAAUAAAGAUCCUUCUCAUCUGCUUCGUGGUGUUCACGUUGAGUUCAGGAAUUGGUUUCCUGGAUGCAACACUGUCCAUAUUUGCCAUAGAAAAGCUUAAUCUCAGUGCUGGUUCGGUGGGGCUGCUCAUGAUUGGACUUUCACUGCCGUAUGGGGCGGCAUCACCCAUCUUUGGUGUGAUCAGUGAUAAAUAUCCUUCAAUUAGGAAAUGGAUGAUGGUUGUUGGAGGAAUGGCCACAGCGGUGAGCUUCUGUUUCCUCGGCCCACUUCCUGUUUUCCAUAUUAGAAGUCAGCUCUGGCUAACCGUCCUCAUGCUGAUCGUGGUGGGCUUCUCUCUCUGUUUGACCUGUAUCCCCACCUUUGCUGAGAUGAUCACUUGUGCACAUGAAAACGGCUUUGAGGAGGGCUUGAGUACUCUGGGGCUGGUGUCAGGCUUGUUCUCUGCAGUCUGGUCUGCUGGGAUGUUCUUUGGGCCGACUAUUGGAGGAUACAUCACACAAGCACUCAACUUUGAAUGGAGUGCAGGAGUUCAAGGCGCACUCGCCUUUUUUGCUGCUUUACUACAAGUAAUAUAUUUCACAAUAGAGGACAUACAAAAGAAGUCACAAAAGGCCAACAGGACUGACGUAUCUUCAUCUCAGGGAGAAAAAUCUCCUCUUCUCCCCAAGACAGAUCAUCUCACAGUUGACGUCCGCUGAAAUAAGCCCCUGCGAGCUUUUAGAUGGAAGAACAAAC